CCCCCCCCCACUUCACGCUCCUUACCCCGUCUGUACAUUGCAGCCGGGCGCCACAACAUGUCCGACAGCACAUUUCAACCGCCUGACACCAAUAUGGAGGUGAACGAGGACCUCGACCAGUCCGUGGAGAACGAGAUCAACCAUGACGCGACACAAGCCGAUGCCAUGAACCUCAACGGUGCAAACGACGACGCGCCCACAGCGAAUGGAGUGCCAGAAGCUACCGCUGCAUUCGAGCAGCGCAUACCCGCAAAGAAGGACGCCACAUUGCGCGAAUUCCUAGGCAAGAUGGACGAGUAUGCGCCCAUAAUACCUGAUGCAGUCACUAACUACUACCUGACACGCGCUGGUCUUCCCCCUCCACCACAGACAUCGCAGCACCUUGCCCGCCUCCUAGCCCUCGCGACACAGAAGUUCAUCGCAGACAUCGCAGCCGACGCGUACCAGUUCUCGCGCAUCCGAUCGUCGAACACCACAAGUAACAAUCCUAUGGGAGGACUAGGCGGCGCAGCAGGAGCACCAGGUGCAGCAGCCCCUGCGCAAGGCGGUAAGGAUAGUGGGCCAAAGGCCAAAGACUACAACCUCGGCAUUCAGAGGCCAGGCUACGGCGGUGGUGGUCAGGGUGGUAGUCAAGGACGGACAGUGCUCACGAUGGAGGACCUUGGUAUGGCGGUUGGGGAGUACGGCGUCAACAUCAAGCGCGGCGAGUUCUACCGGUGAUGCUUGCGUAUUUGGCGAAGUACAGCUAGCGCAUUGCAUCGAGUGUGUAGAGUGAUAUUCUUGGAGUGCCGAAGGACAUGCAUUAUUGGCGUUGGUUUGGUCUCACAGGCGCAUGGGAAGUCAAAUCGAUACUGAAGAACCACAGCCUCAGUGUGGGAGGCUGCCCGUUCUGUACAAGUAGCAGUACAUCUAGAUAAACACAAAUGAUACCCAAACUCCCAUAUGAUGC